AUGCUCAAAUCUGGUGUAAAAUUCAUUCCCAUUUUCUAUCAUGUUGAACCCUCCGAUCUCAGAUAUAUUGAGCAAGGAAAAGGGAAACAUGCCCCUACAUUUUCAGAGCAUGAAGAGAAGCGCAAAUACACACCCGAAAAGCUUGAUCAGUGGAAGAGGGCACUCCGCGACAUUUCAUUCACAUCAGGCUACACGGUUAACAAUAAUAAGGAUGAGGCUGCUGUUUUGAAGAGUAUUGUGAUUCGUGUAUUGGAAAUUAUGAAAAAAGAUCUGUUAUGGGUAGCGGAUCAUCCAGUUCGAUUGGAUGAGCUGGUAAAAGGCUUCGAGUUGGUUGCAAUAGAUGAGAAAGUAAAAAACAGGGGGAUCGUGGGCAUGGGAGGCAGUGGUAAAACCACAUUGGCCAAAGAGUUGUACAACAGGAAUUUCUCAUCCUUUGACAAAUGCAGUUUUGUUUCUGAUGUGCGAGAUGCAAUAUCUAGAAAUGUUGUGUGUGAGAAGCAGAAAAAGCUUCUGUCUGACCUCGGUGUCCAUCAUUUGCCCUUCGACAAUGUAGAUGAAGGUAAGGCCAUUCUUGCAAAUUGUUAG